UCCGCCUGCGCGCCGCGUCCCGGAAGGCGGCCACGUCUACCGGAAGAUGGGGGUGCGCCACCGACACCGGCCCGGGGCGUCGCAGUGACCGUCGUUGUCCGGUGCCCCCUCGCAGUAUCCCUCGGGCCGGGGGGUUCCCGCUGGGAGGAGCAUAUGGUCGUGAAAUUUUAAUUUUAGAGAGUUUAUCAACAGACAUCCAUCAUGUCUUGGCUUGCUGAUCUUGCUGGAAAGGCAGAAGAUCUACUCAACAGAGUCGACCAAGGAGCUGCAUCAGCUCUGAGCAAAAAAGACACAUCAAACAGUGCCAUUUAUGAUAAUAAGAAUUUGGACACUUCCAGUGAAUACUCUGAAUUGCACCAGCAUACUGGAGAACUGAAACAUCAGAUACCAUCCAAAGCAUCCUUCAUCUCAUCAGCAGCUGAUAACAUUAAGCAUCAAAAGGUCACAAUCCUAGGCAGAACAGCAAAUGUGAAACCAGCACGCAGGACAUCUUCGGAAGUUGCAUCUCCGGUAGAAAGUGUUUCCACACCCAGAGCUGCCUCACAUUUUGUGAGAAGAAAAAAGUCAGAACCUGAUGAUGAGUUGCUAUUUGAUUUUCUUAACAGUUCAGAGAAAGAGCCUAACGGAAGGAUGGAUUCUAAAAAAGACAAGAGCAAGGCACCUGUCGUUCAAAAUAACUCUCGGACUUCGAUCGUCAGUUCUGUGUCUACCAGUACACAGAGUGCAAAAACUACUGAAGAUAAUUCUAUUAGGAGCCAAGGCAAUGAAACCCCGGACAGUUCAGAUUCUGGACUGGGAGCACAAGCGGAUGGCAUGAAGGAUUCAUCACUAAGUGCAGUAACUAAUCCUAGCCUUUCAGCUAAUGAUGAUUUGAAAUCGCAUGAGCUAUCCAAUCUUCGCCUGGAGAAUCAGCUGCUGCGGAACGAAGUUCAGUCUUUAAAUCAAGAAAUGGCUUCGUUAAUUCAGAGAUCUAAAGAAACACAAGAAGAACUGAACAAAUCCCGGGAAAGGGUCGAGAAGUGGAAUGUUGACCAUUCAAAGAGUGACAGGAUGGUUAGAGAACUUCAGGCUCGAGUUGAUGAUCUGACAGAAGCUGUUGGUGCUAAGGAUUCACAGCUGGCUGUGCUGAAAGUACGGUUGCAAGAAGCUGAUCAGUUGUUAAGCACUCGAACGGAGGCUUUGGAAGCAUUGCAGAGUGAAAAAUCACGGAUAAUACAAGACCACAGUGAAGGGAGCAGUUUGCAAAAUCAAGCCCUUCAAACUCUUCAAGAGAGGCUGCGUGAUGCAGACUCCGCACUCAAGCGAGAGCAAGAAAGUUACAAACAAAUGCAGAAUGAGUUUGCGGCUCGUCUAAGUAAAAUGGAAGCAGAACGUCAAAACUUGGCAGAAGGGAUCACUGUAGCAGAAAGGAAGUAUUUAGAUGAAAAGAGGCGAGCUGAUGAGCUUCAGCAGCAAGUCAAAGUAACUAAAAACCACCUAGAGUCUGCGAAACAGGAAAUGACAGACUAUAAACAGAAAGCUACUCGCAUACUCCAAUCUAAAGAAAAGUUGAUAAACAGCUUAAAAGAAGGCUCUGGUAUUGAAGGCCUGGAUAGCAAUACUGCAAGCACAGUGGAACUAGAAGAACUGAGACAUGAACGAGAUAAUCAGAGAGAAGAAAUACAAAAACUAAUGGGACAAAUACAACAGAUGAGAACAGAGCUGCAGGAUAUGGAGACUCAACAGGUAAGUGAAGCGGAGUCAGUGAGAGAGCAGCUUCAGGACCUACAAGAGCAAAUAACGGCACAUAAAUUGGCCAAGCAAGAGGCAGAAGCUGAACUUGAACGGCAGAAACAGGAACUCCAUUAUACUGAAGAAGAAUUGUAUCGAACAAAGAACACUUUGCAAAGCAGAAUAAAAGACAGAGAGGAAGAAAUUCAGAAGCUCAGAAAUCAGCUGACAAACAAGGCUCUAAGUAGUAGUAGUCAGACCGAAUUAGAAAAUCGGCUUCAUCAGCUGACAGAAACACUAAUUCAGAAGCAGACCAUGUUAGAGAGCCUGAGCACAGAGAAAAACUCACUUGUCUAUCAACUAGAACGACUUGAGCAACAGCUGAAGGCUAUUCAAGGCACUAGUAAUAACGGACCUUCCAUUAAUAUGUCAGUCAUUGAUGGUGCUGAAGGUGCUCGUAUGCGUAAUGUUCCUGUCCUGUUCAGUGACGUGGAUACUAACAUGGCAGGAAUGUAUGGGAGAGUUCGCAAAGCUGCCAGUACUAUAGAUCAGUUUAGCAUUCGGCUGGGAAUCUUUCUUAGGCGGUAUCCCAUAGCAAGAGCCUUUGUAAUCAUUUACAUGGCAUUGCUUCAUCUCUGGGUCAUGAUUGUUCUGCUUACCUACACCCCAGAAACGUAUGACAGUCCCAGUGGCAGAUAGACUGAGACAGGGCCAUAUGCUGUGCUGAUGUGAUUUGAAAUGGGAGCGUCUUCAGAAUAAUCAGUCCUGAAAUAUCAGCAAACUUUUCCUCUUGGUGUUUAGGAAGAAUGAAAACCAUCAUGCCUGAUUUAUCACUACUUUUCAAAUAUGUGUAUAAUAUUACAUAGCUUUUUCAAUUUACCUAAAGGAACAUCACUUUCCUGGAGAAAUAAAGCUAUUAAGUUAAACUGUGGCUAGCCUUUAAAUUUUUUGUAGAUCCUCUCGUGAUUAGAGUAGAAGAUAAGGCUUGCACCUGCGGAGAAGUGCAAGGGUUUCUGACAUGCAGGUAUACGUGGUACAAAUUAUUUUAGAUCAUACUGGAUGUGGGCUAUGGUCAGCUAAUGAACUGUACUUAGCAGUUUAAAUAAACUUACUCUUUCUGGUUUCUUUCAGUCUGCUUUUGCACUUCUAUUUUUACCUUUGUAAAUAGUAGGCUUUUCCUUAACGUAUUAAACUGAAAAAAGGACAAUGGAUUGGUGCAAUAUCUUUUUGUACAUAAGUUUAAAAACAAAAUAUUAUUCAUUCUUCUUAGCUUUGUACUUCUAGUGCAAUAGAUGUAUCUUCCCUACCAGCUCAAUAGUGGGGCUGCCUAUUUACAGGCUGGUAUUUUAGCUUUAUUACAGGAAGAGAGAGAUGGUUUUGAGAAAGGUUUAAACUCUUCAAAAAUAAGGUUGUUUCUUUUUGCACUUGAACUUUAUAUAUUUUAACUGCAUUUUCUUAUACCUCUCAUUAUUACAUGUCUGAAUCAGAUCUUAUAUUCAUUGAAAUACUUAUUUUCUAAAGCUUUGGGUACUUAAUUAAAACUUUCUAUACAAAAUUAUCAAAACAUCAAAAACUUCUCAUGUCUAAAUACCAACUAUACUAAUAAAAAACCUAAUCAAAUAUUUAUUGUAAAGCCCAUAAUGCCAAACCUACUGUAAUAGUUCUAUAGCUAGACUGUGGCAUUCUGUAAUUAUGAAUUAUCAACACACAAUAAUGCAAGGUCACUUUCUUUCCCUAGGAAAUGUCAUGUUUUCAUGUGUGGUGCUCAAAGCUGAGUAUUGAAGAGAUGAGUACAAGCAGUCUGUCACUCCUGCACUUAAGAAUAUGGCUCAGUUUUCAUGUGUCUUGAGCACACUUAAGCAUUAGGCCCUGUGCAUGAAGUCUGUUGUGCUAAGUCCUAUGGAAAUGUUACAGUAGCUGAAUGACUGUAUUGCUGCUCUGAUUCAGAUCUUGCAGAGAAAACUGAAAUGUUUUGAUGAACUCAGUAAUAAAAGAGCAUUUGCUGUAA